AAAAUGUGAGGCUGGAUGAACGAAACGUCAGCUUUUGUAUUCUCAUCAUUCAACUUGAACGUUUUCUCAAUCUUCAACCUGACUGUGUUCGAAAUCCUUCAGCCUGACUAUCUUUCUUCUCUUCUAUACCUAGCAUAUUAUUUCUUAACCUGUGAAAAAUAAUACUUGUUCAAAAACGUUUUUAUGCAUUUUACUCAUCCACACUGGAUCUGAACUCCAGAGGUGAGUUGUUUACAGAUCAGAAGGAGGCCAUUCAUCCCAUCAUGUCCACACUGGUCAACAAUCCCGUUUUCCAGCAUUUGGUCCAAAACCACGAAGGCUAUUGCAACAUUUGAUCUCGGAAUUUAUUUAUGCCAUGACUCGAGUGAUCUUCAAAUCGGUGCUGCUCCUUUGAGCGGACAAUGGGAGAGGAAUAUCGGAUAAAGUAGCAGAUGAGAGGUAUCCUCUAAUGUAAGCACAACGAUAGCAGAGUUUGUUGAGGAUAAUUUUUAAAAGCGAUUACCGAUAGCCCUUCAGUCUGCCGCUACCCUAGCUGGCCAGGGCUGCUAAUGGAACGGUAACAUCAAUAUGUGGGGAUCUUAAAAAAUGCAACAGCUUCCUCCUUAAGUAUUCAACGUUGACGUAAAACUGUAAUCUUGACGCUCUUAAAUGUGGAAAAACUUCGAAGCCCACCGCCAACUGAAGACGGCCAGUGUAUAAAAUAUUUAAACAUCUCCACUUCAAAGUGCUCCGGGGAAUGCCGCGUUUGUUCCUCUGAAGACUUGCAUGUGGAGCUACCCCUUAUACACACAUACACACACACAAACACACACACUUUCUCUUCCUGCUCACUGGGAUCCAAGCAACAUUAAGCGAUGUUAAAUGUCAGCUCGAUUUGACGCGGUCGCAAGGCAAGAAACGAAGCAAUUAAACUGGGAUUCCACCCCUUCUGGACGUGGCCAUGUGAGUGGGUAUAAAAGGCGCCUGCGCGCUGUGCAGAUCUUCAGUCAACCUGGACAGCUCCGUGGUGCUGAAUCCGCCUCUGCAACUGUCUCUUCGAAACCAUGUCCCGCGCAGCCUUCGGCAGGUUUUUCGCCCUCUCCUUCCUAGUGGCGAGAGCAGCGGCCCAAGAUUUCGCUCAGACGCGGUUCAUCUGCACCUCCAUCCCUUUGGACAUGGACCCCAUGUGCUCUGCCCCCAUGCAGAACAGUGGUCCGGUCGAGGAUAUCAAAGGGACUAUCCUUCAGCUCCGGGAGACCAUACUGCAACAGAAGGAGACGAUUAUGAAUCAGAAGGAGACCAUCAGGGAACUGACCGCUAAGCUAAGCAGAUGCGAAAGUCAGAGUGUGUCUGAGCCCUCGCAGCAAUACAACCGAGCCAAUGCUUCCGUUCAGACAAAUAGCUUGAAAGAUCUUCUGCAGAACAAGAUAGACCAUCUAGAGAAACAAGUUCUGUCCAGAGUCAACAGCUUGGAGGAGACCAAAAACGCGGUGCGAAACGACACGACGGAGAACAGGGGCAAGAUCGAGAAUGCUCUGAAUUCUCUCCAUCAGAGGAUCAGUGAUUUGGAGAAAGGACAGAGAAAUUCAAGACCGACAGAUAAAUUCCAGAUCACAUUUCCUUUGAGGACCAACUACAUGUACGCCAAGGUGAAGAAAAGUUUGCCUGAAAUGUACGCCAUGACUGUCUGUAUGUGGCUUAAGUCCAAUGCUUCACCCGGAGUAGGUACCCCGUUCUCCUACGCUGUCCCGGGACAAUCUAACGAGCUGGUUCUCAUCGAGUGGGGGAAUAACCCGAUGGAGAUCCUGAUUAAUGACAAGGUAGCCAAACUUCCUUUCGUUAUUAAUGAUGGGAAAUGGCAUCAUAUCUGUGUCACGUGGUCUACGAGAGAUGGUGUUUGGGAAGCCUACCAGGACGGACUGAAAAGGGGGAAUGGAGAAAACCUAGCACCGUGGCAUCCCAUUAAACCAGGCGGAAUCAUGGUGUUGGGCCAAGAACAGGAUACGUUAGGAGGUGGGUUUGAUGCCACACAGGCCUUUGUGGGUGAGAUGUCCCACUUUCACAUGUGGGAUAGGGUCCUAACUCCAGGAGAGGUCUACAGCCUGGCUAACUGCAGCUCCAAGACUUUGGUGGGGAAUGUGAUUGCAUGGACUGAAGCCAAUGUUGACAUCUACGGUGGCGCCACCAAGUGGACAUUUGAAGCGUGCCGCCAGAUUAAUUAAUCCUCCAGUGGGAUUAUCUUCUACGACUCCAAAAUCAAAUUUCUCUUUUCAGGAAUAAAACUUACAAGAAUCUUCUGCAAAAAAAAGUUACUUAAGUUGGUAAAAAGUAUUUACAAUUUCUUGUCAUGACAACUGGAUCAUGCUUCUCAGGCGUAUUAACGAGGGAGCAUCAAAGUGCUCUCCUCCCGACCUUCACUGACAGCCAACAGUCCUGGGAAAGCCAUAUGCUUUAAGUGUCUGAUGGCGUGUUUACUUGAUGCCAAUUAGCCUGAGUGCCUUUGGCAGGUGCAAAAUGCAACAAGUAGUCUUUUAUCCUUUCCGUUUGCAUAUUCUUAAAAAAAUAAACACACAAUUUGAGAUAAUUGCGUUGUGGGAACAUGUCUUGUUAAAAUAAUAUUGCUAUGACUGUGCGCUCUAUUGCAAAUUACACACGUACUGACGAAGGUACGGCUGCAAAAAUGCUGAACACAUAGUGGUAAACUGAAGGUGUAGAAUAACGCGGGUGCUUUUUUUUAAAAGGUCCAUUUUAUCACAUCACAGGCUUACGGCAUGGCGAUUUAUGUGCAUUUAUUUUGUAAAUUUGUUCUGAUCGACAGUUAAUCCAUUGGAGACUGAUUGAGAAAAAAAAUAAUUGUAACGUUGCGCCCUCUAGUGAAAAAUAAUUAUUUUUUCUAAAAAAGGAAAUUUUGCAAACGUACUAACAUUUUUAUUAAAUUUGAUGUCUGAAUGAGGAUUUUCCCCCAAAAUAUUUAGAAGGUAUAAACUAUUGUUUUUGGCCAGACACUGGCAAGUAAAAUAUUUGUAGAUGUAAAUAUUGUACAAUAUGCGGAAAUUAUAUGUACCAUACACUUUCACAUGCAAACCAAAGUUGUAAAUAUUCUGAAUCAAGAUUCCCAUACUGUCCGUAAAUCUCAUUUCUGGAUAAUAUAAUGAUUAGACUCUACAUUAGACAACCAUUUCUUUAAAAAGCGCUAUGUUUUUAUGUCAUGAAUGCUUUUUCAUUUGAUGCAAAUGUGACAUGUACUGUCAAUUUUAUUUUUACACAAUAAAGAGACAGAAAGAUCACUAGCA